CAACUAUAGUGAAACUGCUCUUUUCUAUCCGUGAACUAGCUAACAUACGUCGUGCUAGUGAACCAAAAUUAUCCCCAAGAACGAUCAUCUACUAACUUGUUUUAAGGAUCUUUGUGUAAGGUACCAGAAACCAAGGCACAUGGAUGGGGAUUAUCGUUCCGGAUCUGAUGACUAGGGGGGAUCCUUAGUCACUUGACUAAGCCCCCCUCAGCCUUUGGAUUGAUCUAAUGGUCCAGAUUAUUUCAAAUAAAGUAAUGAAUUAUUAUUAAAUGAAAAGGGUAGUUUUGGUAUUAUUAGAAAUUCAUUUAACUUUUAUUUUUAGUUUUGUAUUAUUUAUUAUUAUUUCUUUGCUUUUUUCUCUCCAAUCGUCUCCUACUUUCCCCUUUGUUGUUGUGGUGUCCAGAGAGAGAAAAACAUGGCGGAAAAAAUUUCACCGCCGGUGGAGGAGAGAGAUCGUAGCGCCGGUGGAGGACAGAGAGAGAGAGGUGGCAACGUCGCUGGAGAGAGAGAUGGCGGCGGCGACGACGGUGGAGGAGAGAGGGCGGCGUCAACGACGGUGGUGGAGGAGAGAGAAACACCGCCAGAGGCGGCGGAUUUGUCAGAGAACGACAACGGCAACAACGAUGGAUGAGAGAGAGGCGACAAAGGCGAUGGAGAGAGAGAGAGAGGCAGCAACGACGAUGGAGAGAGAUUUGGUGGCGACGGGGGAGGAGGCGAGGGAUUCGAUGAUAUAUUUUAAUGCAAGUGUUAUACAUUUUGUAUUGUUAGUAUCUUGUACAUAAUGUCAUUGUGAUUUGUAAUGCAAGUGUUAUACAUUUGUAUUGUUAGUAUCUUUGUACAUAAUGUCAUUAUGAUUUAUAUAUAUUUGUAAUGUAGUUUGUAUGCUUUGUAAUAUUAAUUUGUAUACUUUAGUUGUAUUGAUUUGUGAUGCAAGUCAUGUCGAUUUGUAUUGUAAGUAAUGAUAAUUUGUACUUUUAGUACGCUUUGUGUACAGUGUUACUAUCAUUUCAUUACAAAUGAAUACAAAGUAUACAA